AUGCCUUCCAAUGGUUUCAUCGGUGGUCACCGCAACCUCUUUGCCUUAAACUCAUUCCCUGAAGGCUCUGGUUAUGACUUCAGCUUCUUUCUCUUUCAAUGGACUUAUGCUAUCACUGCCUCUGGAAUCACAAGUGGCUCGAUGGCUGAACGUACUCAAUUUGUUGCUUACCUUGUAUAUUCUUCUUUUUUGACCGGUUUUGUCUAUCCGGUUAUCUCACAUUGGUUUUGGUCGAAUGAUGGAUGGGCAAGUCCAACUCUGACCAACAACAUUCUUUUUCUAGGCUCUAGUGCAAUUGAUUUUGCCGGUUCGGGUGUGGUUCACAUGGCCGGUGAGAUAGCCGGUCGUUGGAGAUCUUUAACUCUAGGGCCAAGAAUCGGUCGGUUUAACCACCAAGAAAACCGUGCCACAGAAAUCCGUGGUCACAUCGUACUGCUUGUUGUCCUUGGUACACUCUUGUUGUGGUUAGGAUGGUACGGGUUCACUGCCGGUUAUUUUUUAACCAUUUUAAAAUCUUAUGGUGCUUCUCCUCCUAACUAUGGUCAAUGGAGUGCCAUAGGACGAACGACCGUCACAAUGACACUGUCUAGAUGCACCGGGGCGUUGACCACUAUGUUCAGUAGACGGUUCCUAGUCGGCCAUUGGAAUGUAACACACGUUUGCACCGGUAUACUAAGCGGCCUUGUGGCUAUAUCAUCGGGUUGCGCGGUUGUAGAGCCUUGGGCCGCGAUUGUAUGUGGCUUUGUGGCUGAUAAAAGGGAUUUUUGUCCGGUUAAAGAUUUCAAACCUAGAAUUACUAAUCCGAUGUAG